UUACACAGCAAUCAGGUAGCCAUAGCAAUGGGAUUCAAAUGCGAUGCUAUGUGAAUAAGGCCUCUGUAUCGGCAAGCAUCUGUUGAAGAGGAUCAAUAGAAUCAUAUAGAUAAGAUAGAUAGCUCUUCUUUAUCCAGUGUCAGGACAAUAUAAGUUCCAUUUACUCCAAGGCUAAUUGACAUUGGUAAACAUGCUGCGAAUUAGGAUCAGUUUCGUACAAAUGAUCAAUUUCAUGAAAAGAAAAUCAUUUAUUUCAGCUUUUAGCUUAAUACUUUUAAUGAUAUUGAUGUUACAAACUAGGAAGAAGCUCGAUGUUCAAGCUAAUUCUUUAUAUCUGGCACAGUUUGUCUCUGAAUGUGAUCAGAAUUGUCUAGAUGUGGAGAAAGAUCUACUAAAACUUGCUUGGAAAAAUCGUUUAAAUGCUGAUAUGAUGGAAAAGUCCAUCACUAAUGAAGGGGAUUUAGAAAUAUUUUACAAACUAUGCAAAACGAUAUAUGUGGAAAAACGCACUAUCACAUUUGGUAUUCUUGGUGGAUCAGCCUCUAGAACAAGGGAGAAUCCAACUUAUUACAGCACCGUGGCAGUGUUUGUAGAGAAGCUCUUCAAUGUGAAUGUUGAAAUAGUUAACCGUGCUAUUGGAGGUAUGCCUAGUGUUGUAUCAGCAUAUUGCUUACAGAGCAUGCUAAAUGUUUCAAACAUAGACAUUCUCCUGGUUGAAUUUGCAAUAAAUGAUAAUGUAGCUGCAAGUGAUAUAAGAGGAAGGAGCAUUGAAGAUUUGAUAAGACAUUUCAAUUCACUCCCAUUUCGAGAACAGCCAUUUAUUAUUUUCGCAAAUUUAAUAUCAACGAGAAUAUUAUAUGAUCCUGAAACCCCAAAUUGCUUUAAUGUGGAGGAGGAAUAUUUUAAUCCAGUGGCCAGAUAUUAUAACGUUGCUGCAGUAUCAUGGAAAAGAACAAUAUGUGAUAAGACCCAUCAGAAUUUGACUGGUUUUCAACCAAGUGACUUAUCGUCAUCAGAUAUGAACCAUCCCUCUGAAAAUGGCCAUCUACAACUUGGAUAUAUGAUUUCAUAUUUACUCUUGAAAUUGUACAAAUCAUAUAAACCAGCUAAAAUCACAUCAGAUUUUAAGGUACAUGAUUCACCCUAUGUGAAAAAUACCUCCUCGACGAAUGUACCUUUAGAUUCUAGAGUAUGGCUUGCCCACCCAGCAUGCUUCAUUAUCAAACAUGAUUUUGAGGAACGCUGUAAUAAUGAAAAUAACAACAUUCAUAUUUGCCUUGAAGAAAUGAGAGGAUUUGAAAUCGAAAAGGAACGUGCAAAAGUAAUACUAGUGAAUAAAGACACCAGAGGAUUCCUAAAAUUCCACUGUUCUAUCGAUGAGGAUAUGUUUAAUCUUCAAAAAAGAUUACGAGUUGGAUUUACAUUCAUAAUGGAUACCGAGAUUCUCUCUCCUAAGAUUAUCCAGUUGAAGAUAUUCUACAAAAAUAUCAGUUAUUUGUCAGAAAAUGUUGAUCUACCUCCACACAAAUAUCACAUCGGACAAACUUUUGAAUCCAGACCUGUUGAUCUUAUUGCAAGGGAAUUCUAUGUGGUCAUUCAGCCAGUUAAUAAUAAGACAAAUGCAUUCAAUUUGAAUUUACUUGCUUUGUUAGUAGGCUUGGAAGAUGACAUUGAUAAAAACUAAUGCUUUAUACUGGAAAUGUAACAUACAUGUACUUAUUGCAAGUGAAAACAUUUUAAAAUAUAUCGGGUGCCCCAAAAAAUGAAUCACUUUUUGACAAGUAUUUUCUCGGCAAUUGAUAAACCAUAUUCACUGAAAUUUGUACAAGGUAGCCCAGAAGUAUCUUCUUUGAUACAUACUUUUGAAUUAAUGUUUUCAUGUUAC